AUGGCGAAUAGUGGAAGUGGUAAGAAUGGUUCACCUGCUGAACAAAAUAUAAAAAAUGUUUUAUCUGCUGAACAAGUUAACAAUAAGAGAGAAACUUCUACAGAAUUUAGGUAUAUUCUGUUAUUAGCAAUCAUUUUGGCCGGCAUUUCUGUUCUUCAGACAAAAAGAUUAGUUGUUACAUGUGGAAUGUAUGCGGCGAGAAGGUUUAAGAUUGAUGUUGCUUUGGGAUCGUUGUUCAUUAAAUUGACAUUGAUAUCAGUGGAAAAAUUUUUUAUAUUUGGGAUAAUAUUUAUUACAAUUUAUCUAAUUGUAAGUGAGAGCAAAACAUGGGAUGCAUAUUUGUCAAUAGCUCUGAGUUGGUUGAACCUUAUAGCAUUUUGUAUAAUUUGUGUGGCAUACUUCGGAACAGGAGAAGAUGCAAACAUAAAUUUUUACUUUUGGAGCUUGAAUCUUUCAGCAUUUACAAGUGGUAUGUUCUUUGCAGUUGUAUUUGAUCUUGUAACUAAGGACAUUGUCUUUUUUUUAAUGGGAAUACCCUUGUCAGAAGUUUCAGUCUUAAUUUUUCACUUGGCGUUUGAAUAUUUAUACCAUUUGUUUUUUACAGAACAAAUUGAAUAUUUCAUUGUUAUGAAUCAAAUAAUAGGCGCUUCAGGACUGUGGCUGUUCACAGCAUUGUUUUGGACACUAGCCUUUCACAAUUAUUAUCAUAAAAGUAAUGAGCAUGUAAUUCAUAAUGAAAAAACAUUGGAAUCUGGAACAACAAAAGAUAAAGAAAAAGAAAAAAUGACAUUAUAUAGAAAAUUUUUAAAAGUCAGUUCUCCUACUUUUAUUAUUAUUUUCACGUGUUUUUUCGUCUAUUUCUUUCAUCCAGGAAUACUUCCUUUUGAUUUCUUGGAUGAUGAUACAGGAUAUUACAUUAUAUUGAUAGGAAUUGGAGUUUCAGCAAUUCUCACUGUAGCUGUUAUUAUUUUAGCUUUUUGUGGCAGUGGUCCAAAUCAACCUUGGGAGAAUAAAGUUUAUUCCUACCAUUUACUGUGGAUCUUUCCAGUGAUUUACACUGUUAUAGGGGUUUUAGUUAUCUAUACAAUUCAUUAUCCUGAACGGAAAAUUUCCAAAUUUAUAGCGAAAAACAUAUUCAUUAUAGGAUUUUUUACAGUGUUUCUAAAAUCUACAGGAGAUUUCAAUGAAAUCGUCUGUUUAUCUGCAAUUGGUAACCAGAGACGUGAUGAUGAUGAUGAUGGUAAAUUAUCGGCCGGAAUCAACUCAUUAUUAAGAAUAUUAAUAUGUAUUAUUAUGUUUGUUGGAAUGGGAUAUGAAAAGGCAAUACAUAAAUACAACAAAGACAGGGAAAACUGGCCAACAGAAGGAUACUCAUGGGUUUUCUCACUAGUUUUCUGGGUUGGCAAAUCAUUAGAAGAAGGAUACAAGUUAUUAGUAAGCACAUUUGUACUUGAUCUUCACAGAGUAUUUGAAGUUGGUGGACCAGAAGGUUUAGAAUAUUGA